AUGAUAUGCAAAUGGGGAGCGUGUCGAAAAGCGGUCAAAACAAAAGAGAGGCUAAUAGCGCAUGUUAAAACAGUUCAUUUCGACCCGUUGGCUCAAUUUAAGCCUCGCCCGGAUAGUUACAAUUGUGAGUGGAGGAGUUGUCGUGGAAAGCGGUCCUUCCAAGUUCCCUACCGGUGUAAAGAUUGUAAUCAGGAGUUCAGGAGUACUAAUGAUCGAGCUAAACACAUGAAAGGAGUACAUAGAAAGGAGAAGCGCCAGUGCGGAUAUCAAGGAUGCAAGAAGGCUUAUUCCGCCACGUCAAGUAUUCGGAAACACGUAGAAAAGGUGCAUGGUACAGAGGUGUGGGAAAUAUUCAAGAAGAAGGAUUGUGGCUCAAAAGAUCGAGAAAGCAGCCACGGCCCUGACUCUGGAGGACAUUUACCGGAAAAUCCGGGCUUGACGGAGACGUCGAAUGUGGCAAAUGCAAAUGAGGGGCCGAUCAACGGGCCUGAGCUCAGCGGAUAUCUCACUGCCGAUGUCGAAAAGGAAGGAAAGUUAGACGUGAUUGAGAUGGGACUCUCAGAAGUGAGACGUGAUAACAAUCAUACGGUCCAUCAAUUCGUCAAUGGGAUGAGUGAAGAGGCAAAGAUACAACUUCAAAAAGUAUCGGCUCUCCUCACCCAACCAAAUCUCUCCGAUGAGACUCUUCUCGAGAAAAUCGCUCAAUUCUAUGUCAAAAUCCCGAUCGAGAUUCGAAAAGAAUUUGAAAAAAAUUGGCACAAUUUGGUGGAAGAUAAAAGA